AUGACAUCCCUUAACGAAAUAAGGCCCAAGGACGAAGACAUUCUUGAGUUGACUCCCGACAUGGAAGAAGAGCUCAAUGAGAAGGAAGUUUCAAGCCAAAAGUUGCGAGUAUAUGACUCGGACUUGGAAGAAUCCGACAGCAUUCCUGGUCGUCAUAAUGGCCAUAACUCCAAGUGGUCAGUGAUCUUAAACCUAGCAUUCCAAAGUAUUGGAGUGGUGUAUGGAGACAUUGGCACAUCCCCAUUAUACGUGUAUGCGAGCACCUUCACCGAUGGGAUUAAGUCCAACGAUGAUAUCUUGGGAGUACUUUCGUUGAUCUACUAUACCCUCACUUUCCUCCCUUUGAUCAAGUACGUGUUCAUUGUCUUACGGGCCAAUGAUAAUGGCGAAGGAGGGACAUUUGCCUUAUACUCUCUCGUAUGCCGGUAUGCCAAGGUGAGUUUGAUCCCGAAUCAACAGGCUGAGGACAGAAACGUGUCAAAUUACAAGCUUGAGUUGCCAAACCGUCGUGUACAGAGGGCGUCGUGGCUCAAGUCUAGGCUGGAGAAGAGCAACUUUGCCAAGGCUUCCCUAUUGUUCGCCUCAAUUCUUGGGACUGCCAUGGUGAUCGGGGACGGCGUUCUCACUCCUUGUAUCUCAGUUUUAUCGGCUGUGGGAGGAUUGAAGGAAGCAACGUCUGCAAUAACAGAAGAUAGGAUUGUUUGGAUAUCAGUAGCCAUCUUGGUCGUCUUAUUCAUUAUUCAAAGAUAUGGGACUGAUAAAGUGGGCUAUUCUUUUUCUCCGAUAAUUUGCAUUUGGUUCGCAUUCAUUGGUGGAAUCGGCAUCUACAAUUUUUUCAAAUUUGAUCCAACUGUUGUUAAAGCCGUAAACCCAAAGUACAUAAUAGAUUAUUUUCGGAGGAACAAAAAAGGAGCUUGGAUUUCGCUUGGUGGCAUUGUUCUCUGUACAACAGGAAGUGAGGCACUAUUUGCAGAUCUUGGCCACUUUUCAGUUCGAUCCAUACAGAUAAGCAUGUGUUUCCUGACAUACCCGGCCAUCAUAUUGGCCUACACGGGACAAGCCUCCUUCCUCCGCAAGCACAAUGAUCUUGUUGCCGAUGUCUUUUUCCGCUCCAUACCAAAAACUUUGUAUUGGCCGAUGUUUGUAGUAGCUGUACUGGCUGCAAUCAUAGCAAGUCAAGCCAUGAUUUCUGGGACUUUCUCUAUAAUACAACAAUCCCUCUCAUUAGGGUGUUUCCCGCGAGUGAAAGUAGUGCAUACAUCGGCGAAAUAUGAAGGACAAGUGUACGUACCUGAAGUCAAUUACCUUCUUAUGCUAGCUUGCAUAGCAGUCACUUUAGGUUUCAGAACCACUGCUCAGAUUGGCAACGCCUACGGGAUAGCGGUGGUUUUUGUAAUGACCCUCACAUCGACAUUCCUAGUACUAAUCAUGAUCAUGAUAUGGAAAUCCCACAUGCUUCUCGUAAUUCCCUACAUUAUAAUUAUUGGGGGCAUAGAGCUUCUCUAUUUAAGUUCAACCCUAUACAAAUUUACCCAAGGAGGAUAUCUUCCUCUAGCUUUUGCGGCAUUCCUAAUGAGUGUAAUGUAUAUUUGGAACUAUGUGUUCAGGAGAAAGUAUUAUUAUGAGCUUGAACACAAAAUCUCUCCACAUAAGCUAAAGCAAAUAACUGCCGACACAAGCUUUUGUCGAAUACCUGGGCUAGCCAUGUUCUAUUCCGAGCUUGUUCAAGGCAUCCCACCAAUCUUCCAACACUAUGUACAGAACGUGCCCGCAUUGCACUCAGUCCUGGUUUUUGUCACCAUUAAAUCUCUCCCCAUAAGCAAGGUUCCGGUCGAAGAGCGCUUCCUUUUUCGUAGAUUAGAUCGGAAAGAGCUUAUCGUGUUUCGAUGCGUUGUGAGAUAUGGAUACACAGAUGUGCGAAAUAAUCAGCAUGAGCCCUUUGAGAAGAUCUUGAUAGAGAGAUUGAAGGAGUAUGUAAAUGAAGAGCAUUGGUUGACCCAAAGAUUGCUCAAUAAUAGUGAGAAUGAUGGAAAGAUUGAAGAUGAGAAUGAGAAUGAGAAUGUGAAGCAAGUUGAAGAUAAAGUUGUGGGACAAGAGGCAGUUGAGAGAGAGAUCGAGGCAGUGAACAAGGCAUCUCACGCGCGUGUUGUUCACUUAAUUGGUGAGACUGAAGUGGUGGCUGGCGCAGGUUCCAGUUUAGGCAAGAGAAUUGUGAUAGAUUAUGCUUACAAUUUCAUGAAGAGGAAUUUGAGACAAAGUACUAACUUGUUUGAUAUUCCUCACAAGAGUAUGCUAAAAGUGGGCAUGAUUUAUGAGCUUUAA